AUGACCGGCCUCGCCCUGGGUUGCCAAAUACCGGAGUAUUCCAAGUUCGACCGCAAGAAUUAUCCCUACCCGGACUUGAUGAAGGGUUACCAGAUUUCUCAGUAUGACUUGCCCCUGGCCGAAGACGGUGCGCUGCAGAUUGAAGCGGACGGAACAACUAAGUCCAUAGGUGUGACCCGAGUGCAUCUGGAAGAAGAUGCCGCCAAGUUGUUGCACCAUCCGGAUGGGCCUGGCGAUUCCUUUAGCCUGGUGGACGUCAACCGGGCCGGUUCGCCCCUUAUGGAAGUAGUCAGCGAACCGGACAUGCGGUCACCGGAGGAAGCUCGCGCUUACCUUGUUACUCUGCAUUCAAUAAUUCAGCACUUGGGAGUUUCCGCCGGCAAUAUGCAGGAUGGCAAUUUUCGAUGUGACGCCAACGUCAGCAUCAGGCCGGAAGGCAGCCAGGAAUUUGGGACACGUACCGAAAUCAAGAAUAUGAACAGUUUCCGGUCCGUGUAUCAAGCGCUCAAUCACGAAGUCGAACGGCAACGGCGCGUCCUGGAGGACGGUGGGCGCGUGACCCAGGAAACCCGCGGCUGGGUGGAAGAACGAGGGGUGACGGUAUCUCAGCGCAGCAAGGAGCAUGCUCAUGAUUACCGCUAUUUCCCUGACCCCGAUCUGCCCCCCCUCGUUAUUGACCGGAAGUGGAUAGAGGAGAUCCGUCAGGCUUUGCCGGAACUGGCCGUUGAACGCAAGGCUCGGUUCGUUGAGCAGUAUGGGUUGCCCCUGUAUGACGCUGAACUACUGACCGGAACUAGACCCAUGGCGGACUAUUUUGAGGAAACUCUGGCUUUGCGCCCCGAGUCUGACCUGUCUCUGAAUGCAUAUGCCAAGAGCGUUAGCAACUGGAUGUUAGGUGACUUGAGUCGCCUGAUGAAUCUGGAAAAUCUGGCGGUCCCCGAAGUCAAGUUCGGGCCCAAACACCUGGCAGAACUGCUUUCCCUGGUGGAUUCCGGAACUCUCAGCGGUAACAUGGCGAAGGCGGUUUUGGAAGAGGCUUUCACCACUGGGGAGGAACCGGGUAGAAUUGUUAAGGCCAAAGGACUGAGCCAGAUAGACGACUCUUCGGUUGUCGACUCUGCGGUGGCUCAAGCCUUGACUGGGAAUCCCAAGGCCGUCGCUGACUACCUUAGUGGCAAGGAUACGGCGUCGAAGUUCCUAGUUGGUCAGGUGAUGAAGCUGACCCGCGGUCAAGCCAAGCCAGACCUGGUGCUGGAAUUGGUCUUGGCAGCCUUGGAUUCUGCUAAGGAAAACCAGUAA